AUGAUCUCCAUACCAAACCCAGUAUCAGAGGACAGCACCUCUAACAUCACGUCGAACAGAAGGUUGAGACAGAAGAGAUCCUCCAACAUCGCUGGUGCAAGCUCCAACCUGGAAUGGGUGCGUUGGAAUUUUGGCAGUUCUCUUCCUUAUGGAUCUGUGUCAUUUUACAACAACUACGAAGAACGCCUUGACUACAUCUGCAAAUGCGAAUGUCAUUCAGGUUUCCACACCGCAGGAAGUUAUACGUGCAACUAUCCCUUUCAUGUAAAAGAGGAGGUAUGCUUUGAUUUUGAUGUCCUGGUGAACAAAGAUGAUUUGGAGGCUUUAGAGUGGAAGGCUGACUCAGAUGGUUCAGUGCCUCAAAAUGCGGUCAAGACCUGCUCCUCCUAUGAUGUAUAUGUUGCAAAGAACAAGUAUGGUCUUGGGAAGAUGCAUGCUAGAAAUAAAGUUUUCUACCUUCCCUGGCACGGUUCUGACUAUAGGUACAAAGAGUAUGACGUUCUGGCCUUAAACAAAAAUAUUUUCAAAGAGCACAUUUCUGAUGUCAUGUACAAGAUUGAUGAGGCUGCAAGAUUUCAGCAUCCUCCAGAGGUCAUGGGCAAGUCUACCAUUAUCAAUAAUGAGUGCAGAGAAGUUACAAAAACAUCUAAGAUCUCAAAGACGUAUGAAGAAGAGAAAAGGUGGGAUACUAGCACUGCCAUCUCAGCUGGUGUCAGAGCUAGUAUCUCUGCUGGAAUCCCAUUUGUUGGCGAGGCAGGUAUUGAGCUUAGUACUGAGGAAACCAAAACAUUCUCCAGUGGGACCACCCUAAAGGUGUCGAAAAAUUUUGCUGUUGAUGUCGAAGUAACUGUGCCACCAAACCACUCCUGCGGUGUCAGUGCUGUAGGACAUAAGUACUCAACAAAUAUCCCUUACACAGCACGCCUCACCCGCAUCUACUACAAUGGGAAAACCUCAUCAACAAUCAUCACUGGGGAGUACAAGGGUGUCAAUGUUGUAGAUUUCAAGCAUGUUGUGGAUCGCUGUGUUCCUAUACCCAAUGCUAAGCCUUGCGAAUGAAAGAAAAAUGGAAGAAUACUUAAAAGGUACUUAUGCUAAUUUCCAGCUCUAUAUUUUAGAUUUUUGUACUCCACUAGA